CUGUAUUUGUUGCUUUGCUGUCAAAAACAGCUGAAAAUAUGUUGUUGAAAAAAUGUAUUAUUUUUUAACGCAAAUGUUAUUGUAUGCAAUUGGAAUGGAGUUAAGGUGUGAUGUGAUGGUAAUGGUACGGAUCCUUCAUAGUAAUAUUUAAAAACAACAACUAACACUUUGGUGCUGGGGGUACUGACUGCACACGGUUCUUGGGUGCAUGUUAAUACCAAACUUCAUACAUGUAGGUAUUGUGCAAUAAUUAAUUCUAGUCAAAACGUUGCCAUUAAAUAAUCAUUAUCAAUGACUUAUACUAAAGAGAAAUUGCGAAAAUAUCAAUGCGAGACAUGUCAAAAGAGAUUUUUGGGCAACAACGAUUUGCGAAAGCACCUACGAAUACACACGAACGAACGGCCAUAUGUUUGCGAGCAAUGCAAUAAAUGUUUUCGACAAGCGGGUUCUUUAAAAAAUCACAUCCUAUCGCAGCACUCUUCCGGAAUAAAAAAUCAGGAAAUGUACAUAUGCUGGCAUUGUCAGAAGGUAUUUCCCAUAAAAGAGAGAUUGAGACUACACUUACGGGUGCAUACGGGUGACAAGCCGUACCAUUGCACGAUCUGUCCCAAGACGUUUGCGAGAGGUGGUCAGCUGGUGCAACACAUGCGGACGCAUACGGGAUCGAGGCCUUACAUGUGCAAUGAAUGUGAUUCGUCGUUUACGUGCUCCGCAAACUUAAAGUUGCACCUGAAACGGCACCAGGAAAUUCGGGAUUUCGUCUGCGACGUGUGCGGUAAGUCAUUUUUUCGGCGUGACGCGCUGAAGAAACAUUUAAAUUGUUUUCACGCAAACGUCAAAGCUUUCCAUUGCAACAUAUGUCAUAAGAUGCUUAAAGGCCAUCUGCCACAACACAUGCGUACGCAUCAGAAUGAUAAACCGCACGGGUGUGGUCAUUGUGGCGCCACCUUCGCUCAAAGAUCACAACUCACGGUCCAUCAGCGCGUGCACAGCGGUGAGAAACCCUACCGCUGCCAGGUGUGCUGGAAGGCAUUCGCCCAUUCCACUGCUUUAAAAUUGCACACUCGAAGACACACCGGUGAGAAACCAUUCGUAUGCAUGCUCUGCAGCAACAUCGCCUUCUCUCAACUGCCUCAUUUAAAAAAGCACAUGCUAUGCAUUCACAAAACGAACAAGCCGUACGUGUGCGCUUAUUGCAAAUCGUUUCACAAGACCAAAGUCGAUCUGGAAGCUCAUCUCGAAAACUGCAAGCUAAAUAUACAAAUACCAAAAGAGAAAUUAAGCACCGAGCCGGAAGACGUCGGGCCUCCGAUGGCAGUCGAAAAGAUGCGCUUACUUUUAGCAAUCCUGCUAAAGAAGAUCUCAGCUCCUGAGCGAUUGGUAGAGUUAGGUUUCAAUAAACGUCUCAUCGACGACGUACUCGUCGAGUCGAUACAAAGUUCCGGUAGGGAACCGUGUAAGGAUUACGCACUCACCGCUGCCGAGCAGCUAAAGAAAAACGUACAAAUUUUACUAGACUGGACCGUUCCAAAGCAUUACAUGGAGAAGUUCAAGACGGAACAGCGCUCCACCGAGGAGCUAUUAGAAGAAUUAACUUCCUAAUUAGUAUUCUUGCCAUUCAACUUAGUAUUCGCCUGUUUUGCUGUUUAUUAUUAACGAAUUAAGAGGUAGUAAUUCGAUGGUAGCUUUAAAUUUGUUAAUUUUAGAUCGAUGUAGACUAAGGAAACCUUUUAGUAAUAAUCAGCGUGACUGAUGAUGAGGGAAUAAGCAAUUAAUUUUUACUCUUUAAGGAGGGAGAUCUGUGUUAUACUAUAGGCAACUUGCCAAAUUGUACAAUCGUUUUACAGUUUAUAAUUGUACAAGUUGUCCAUAUUACCAUACAGAUUGUUUAAUGUAUUUUUUGUGCGCCAAAGAAUUGGGAGUAUGUAAAGUGUUAUUGAGUUAUUUGAUUCAAAUGUUUAUAGUAUUUUUGUUAAUUUCGUUAAAAUUCUAUGUAUACAUGUUGGGUCAUUCUACUGUGGAAUGGACCUACAUAAAUGAAUUAAUUUUCCUUUUAGAAAUGCAAUGUUUAAUUAAUUGUAUGCCUUGCUGUUUUAAUUUUUAUUAGACUUUUGCGACAGUUCCUGAUAAUAUGUAUUCAACACCUUUAAGAAAAGUACAAAAUUUUCCUUUAUUUAGCAAACUGCCAGUGCGAGAACCGUUAGUAUUUGCUAGUCGUCGAUGUUCUCGGGCGUCUAAUUUUUGUUAGCGUAGGUACUCAUAGUUUAUUUUAAUUUUAAUUGAAAAUUAGUGCCAUUUUCAAAGUAAAACUUUAAUUUCCAAAUUCACUGCAAGUGUUUGAUAAGUGUGAUAAGUUAUGUUAACCAAAGAUUUCUUUAGCUGAAUUGUAGUGUACAAAGUAUUGGUUUAGUUACAAAUUUACACUAUUUAAACCUUAAAUAAAUAUUAGUGAUGGCUUUAAUUAAUAUAUGAACAUAGUUCGCUUUUCAUAUAUUUAAUAUUUCUAAAGCUCUUUUGCUGUAUUAUUUAUGUGUAUUUUCUAUUGCACCAUGGUUAUUGCUAAUUAAAAUUUCUAAACAUUA